AUGGAUAAAUUUUUGAUUAAGAAACCACGUUCUAGUAGCGAUCUAUCUGUUAGUUCACAUGUAGCUCCAAAAGCUCAAAGAGAGACAAUUACAUCUUCUUCUUCAAAUGUUGAUUGUAUUCUUGGGGUUGGAUCUCUCAAACGGGAUCCCGGAGAAAGAAAAUCCAUCUUUGAAUAUGAUUCUAAUAUUCGAGAUGUUGUGAGGAGACAUUAUAUUUUGAUGGGGCCUUAUCAACCAAAACUUCGUGUAUAUCCUAAAACAACAUUUGGGACUAGUAAUCAGCAAUUUAAUCCUGAGUGGUUUAAUGCUCCAAAUUCUGCUUGGUUGGAAUAUAGCAUAGAUGAUGAUGCUAUAUUUUGUUUGUGUUGUUAUCUCUUCAAGAAUGAAUUUGAAAGUCGUGGUAAUGCGGGAAAAUCAUUUACACAAGAUGGUUUUAAGAAUUGGAACCAUGGUCCGGAAAGGAUUCGAUUGCAUGUUGGUGAGGUGAAUAGUAUUCAUAACAAAUGUUUGAAUAAGAUGCUUGAUUUUGCGAAUCAACGUCAAUCAAUUCAAUCUUCUCUUCACAAGCAAAGUGAAAAAACAAAAAGUGAUUAUCAAAUUCGUUUAAAUGCCUCAAUCAAUGUGGUAAGGUUUCUCCUAAGAAAUGGAUUGCCAUUUCGUGGUCAUGAUGAGAGUGAAGAUUCCGAUUACAAAGGUCUUUUUCUUGAACUUUUGAAAUUUCAUGGGGUUAAUCGUCCGGAUGUGGAAAAGGUGAUAUUACAACAUGCUCCAAAAAAUGAUAUGAUGAUUUGUUCAACAAUUCAAAAAGAGAUUGUGGAUGCUUGUACUAAAGAAACAAUUAAAGCUAUCAUUAAAGACUUGAAUGGUGAUUAUUUUGGAAUGCUAGUUGAUGAGUCAAAGGGCAUUUCACAUAAAGAGCAAAUGGCACUAGUUUUACGAUAUGUUAACAAAAACGGAGAGUUGAUAGAAAGCUUUUUGGGUAUUGUUCAUGUGGGUGAUACAUCCGCAAGAUCAUUGCAAAAAGCAAUUUACUCUUUACUUUUGGAUCACUCGUUAUGCCUAUCAAGACUCCGUGGACAAGGUUAUGAUGGAGCUAGUAAUAUGCAAGGAGAAAAAAAUGGUCUAAAGUCUUUGAUUUUGCAAGAUGCUUCGUCUGCAUAUCAUAUUCAUUGUUUUGCUCACCAAUUGCAAUUGACACUUGUAGCUCUUUCUAAAAAACAUCCGGAUGUGAAAAAUUUCUUUUAUGUUGUCACUAAUGUUUUGAAUACUAUUGGGACAUCUUUUAAACGCAGGGACUUACUUCGACAACACCAAGUUGAGAAGUUGGAAGAAUUGCUUAAAUCUGGAGAAAUUCUUACCGGACAAGGAUUAAAUCAAGAACGUGGCCUCCAACGACCGGAUGAUACUCGUUGGGGAUCCCAUUUCAAAACCUUGGAAAAUUUCAUGAUUAUAUUUUCUUCAAUUGCUAAUGUGCUUAAAGAUAUGAAAGAAAAUUCUCCACAUGAUCUUGAUAAACUUGCGGCAGGUAACCUUUUAGAUAAAAUUCAAGAAUUUGAAUUUAUCUUUGUGUUGCAUUUGAUGUUCAAGAUGUUGCUUCUUACAAAUGAAUUGAACAAAGCUUUACAAAAGAAAGAUCAAGAUAUUGUCAAUGCUAUGGGAUUGCUUAAUCUUUCAAAGAGAAGAUUACAAACAAUGAGAGAGAGUGGUUUGGAGUCUUUGAUGGAUGAGGUUUCUUCAUUUUGUGGUAAACAUGAUAUUUUGGUUCCCGAAAUGACUAAAGACUAUCCAAGAUCGAAGCGUAAGAAGUCCGAAAUUUCAUAUUUACAUCACUUUCGUGUGGAAGUGUUUUAUGCAGUUAUUGAUUUGCAACUUCAGGAGCUCAAUAAUCGUUUUGAUGUUGUGACUAGUGACUUACUCCUUGGCAUGGCUAGUUUGAAUCCGGUUGAUUCAUUUGCUAAUUUUAGUAAGAGAAGAAUAAUGAAUUAUCAACUUGAUAGUUUCAUUGUCUAUGCUCGAGAGUGUGAUAGCAAGUUUCUCAACUUGAAGGGGAUUAAAGAUCUUGCUACGAUGAUGGCACAAACAAAAUUGGAUCAAAUUUGGUCUCUUGUUUAUUUGCUUGUAAAGUUAGCUUUGAUUUUGCCUGUUGCUACGGCAAGUGUGGAAAGAGCAUUCUCCUCAAUGAAGCUCAUCAAAAAUGAUCUACGUAAUAGCAUUGGUGAAGAAUUUUUGAAUGGAUGUUUAGUUUGUAAGAUAGAGCGGAAGAUAUUUGAAAAUAAUGAUAAGGUUAUAGCCUAUGCCUCGAGACAACUCAAGAUUCACGAGAAGAAUUGUUCGACUCAUGAUCUCGAGUUAGCAACAAUGAGGUGGUUAGAGUUGCUUAAGAACUACGACAUGAGUAUCCUCUAUCACUUGGGUAAGGCUAAUGUUGUUGUUGAUGCUUUGAAUAGGUUCUCUAUGGGAAGUACUGCUCAUGUUGAGAAAUGUAAGAAAGAAUUGGCUAAAGAAGUGCACAGACUUUCACAUUUGGGAGUCCAUUUGCUAGAGUCCAAUGAAGGUGGAUUUGUGGUGAAAUGGGGCUGA